CGGGUGAACAAUUCAGGCAAAUGAGAUCCAGUCCGCGGUGGCCGUCCAAGAGGCAGCACCAGUCUAUAAAAAAGGUUCACUCAUCCAUCCGUGGACUGGCGACACCCACGCAGACAGCCAUGCAGCCCAGCUUACCCAGCAGCCCACCUGUCCUUUACCCGUACACUCGCUGUGCUGCUGUCCUGCGCGUCACUGACCCCCACCACGAAUGAAGAUACACGCGCUUGCAGAGAGAAGAGAGAGAACAAACAAACAUGUAGGUACCGGCGAUGCAGAGACAUGAAUGACGCAUAAACAUCGAAGGGACACAGAGAGGGAAGAGCCACCACACACACUUGACGGGACGCAAAAAGCUCCUCGCACACCCACUCAGACACACACACGUGUACGCCUCCUCCCAUACAGCCAUGUCAGUCAGCACACGCCUCAGCAUUCGGUUGCCCACACGCCAGGCCGGCACCGACACGAACAGAUAAUCUGACUCAUCUGUCCCUCGCGGUGCAACGCAGACUCGUGAGCGACCCAAACGCCGAGACGCGUGUAUUGCAUCGAUGCAAUACAUACCAGACACGCGCAAAGACUCCUGAACGCACUCUUGAAGGUACGCAUGAAUGACACAGGGAGGGAGGGAGAAAAGGGAAAGACAGCCCAGCCCAGCCCAGUUUAGGUCAGCUCAGAACUCGCGGGAUUCGGCUGCCGCAUCACAUCCCCCUCGCGCGUAGUACUCGCAGUCUAGGUUGCCGAGUGCGUUGAGGUCUGAGGGCGCCAGGCUGCUCGUCACGCCCCUGGGGCUGGUCUGACCACGCACACGCGGGGCCAGGCCCACCCGGAGCGACCCGCACCCCGUCAUGUCCGCACAGCCCUUGAUGAAGGACUGCAGAGACUCGUUGCCGUCGCGGCCAAAUUGACUGACGAAACACAGACAACCAUCCCAUCCACCAUCUGCGUGUCGGGGUGUGUGUGUGUGUGUCUGUGAGGGCUGGUUACCCGAUCCACUGCUCGCGCCCCUGGUGCUGGACACCGACGUUGGCGCGCGAGAGCAUACCGGGGAACUCCUCGAAGUCAGCGGCGCCCAUGAGCGUACGUGUGUCGUUGGUGGAGGCGGUGGGGAAGACGACGGUGCCGUUCUCGUCCUGGAUCUCGACAAACACCUCCUUGGCCACGGUGCCGUCCUUGUCGAUCAACGUCAUGCCCGCUGUUGACAAAAUGUCAUGUGGGACAAAGGGGAAAGGUGGGCGGGGAAUAAUGUGGGUCGGAUGUCUGCGCAUGUGUGUGUGUCUGUCUUUGGGUGUGUGUCGGUUGUCUACCGUAGCUGACGACAAGUUCCCACCCGCCGCCCAUGUGGAUGACUAUGAUGCCGCUCGGCGUCUUGAUAAAACUCUGGACCGUGCCGUAGAACUACACACACACACACACACAGACGCACAGACACGUUCACGUCUUGCCUCUCCCCCUCCCUCCUCGCUGCUUUGCUUGCCUCAGAUGUGUCGUUGAAUGUGAGGUGGACGCUCUCAAGCUUCGACACGGCGUCGAGGUUGAGGCCGAGGAUGGACGACACUGGCAGAUGGUGGUAGUAGGGGGCCAUCUCUGCACAUCCACAACACAACACAACGAAUGAAUGACACACACACGCGCACACAUGUCCAACGAAGAUGAUCUGAGUGGUUCUCUUCCCUUCCUGCUGUGAUGUGCGCCGCUUACGGACGGGUGUGGCGAGGUCGUCGUCGGUGCGGAUGACGCCGUGCUCGUCAAUCUCGACUGAACAAACAACACACAAACCACACACACACCAGAAAGUCCUUCAUGUGCUGUCCGUUGCGUCAUCCAUCGCCCCCUCCUUCACUCACCGUCAUCUCCGAAGAUCUGCAGCUUCCGCAGGGCAGGGGAGGCAGCCACGGCGCUGAGGCAAUGGACACACACACACACACGCACAAGCAGGGAGGCAGCUCCAUUCCGUGCCCUUGUGCCCCUUCCCUCUCUCUUCUUGUGAGUCAUGAUAUGUGUUGCCCACCAGCACAGGGCUGCAGCAACCAACAAAGCGAGCGCGUUGGGGACCACAGACAUUGAAGCGAUGUGAAUGAGUUAGUGCGAUAGAAUGGGGGAGUGGAUGCGAUGAAGAGUCGACCGAAAAGGGCCGCUCAGCGGUAGUGGUG